GGACAGGGGGUGGAGGAGUGUUAGAGUUGUAUGCUCAAAGUCGCGCAAAACACUAACAGCUUAGCAGGGGUCACCGGAUCACAUGCGUGUGCGCUUCCGUCGCGGCUUCGGUCCCUUGACACUUUCAUUAAUUGACACUCAUGCCACCGGCGUCAGAGAUUGCUCGUCGCGUACCUUAGGGUCUCUCUCCCAACCUCUACAUGGCUUGACGCUCAUAUUUUAGUAGAGGCUGGUCUGCAAGGCCUGCCUGCAUUGCCCUCUUCUCUUUUCUUUCAAAUGUUCGCCUGUCACAUGGGAGCCUACCAUGGCUUCGGCAAGUACAAUCGAGCCACGGCUGAUGCACAUCCUGAACCAGCCCUCAGACGACGUAGACAUCUCUAGGACGUCACGCCUCUCUUCUCAAGGGGGCAUCCGACCAGAUCCGUCCGAAUGCCCACCGCGAUUACCCAAGCUCGACGACAUCGUCGACACCACCCAGCCAAGCUCUCGCGAUGCCCCGAACGAGCUCCUCCCCAGACCAAGCGAACUCCUAGCCCUCGACAACGCAAGCUAUCGGGCAGAUAACAAUCGACCGCGUCAUGCGCAUGACCUAUUCCAGGACACGCUGCCUAUCAAGCAGACUCUGGAAGAGAUACCGCAGGAGGGCUCUCUGCCGUGGCUGCUGGGGAACGAUGCUACGCAUACUCUUCCGUCGCUCGACAGCAAUGGCGACGGGUCAUUCCAUCCGAAUCGCCAGCACGAUGACUGGUUUGAACGGCCCGCCAGCAAGCGCAUACACUCCGGUCAACGGCCGCCAUGGCCUCAGCUGCCUGUAUUGCAAAACUUCCCGCCCAGCCAGAAGCAACCAAGUGGCCAGGAUUCCAGUUUCCCGCCGAUGAUCGUGGGCAUUGACUACAAUCCGCCGCCUCAGAGCUCUGCGACGCUGCCUCGCAUUCAAUCUUUUCCCUUGGAUGAUGCUGGCCCAUUGCAUUCCACGUCACAUCCCCCAUCACAUCCCCCGUCUCGACCAACCUCACGCCAUGGCCACGAACCAGCGGCGUUGUCGGAUCCCGACGGCGGCAAGGCGAGAAAACGCGUCACAAGAAGAAGGCGGCAAUGGACCAAAGAGGAGACUGACGACUUGCUACGCGGCAUCUACAAACAUGGCAUGGGAAAGUGGACCGAUAUUAAGAACGAUCCUGAUUUCACCUUCAAUGAUCGAUCAGCCGGUGACUUGAAGGACAGGUGUCGCACAGUGUGGCCUCGGAGUCAUGACGAUGAUACCUCCGCAGGCGAUGUCCCCUCGGGCACUCCGGUGCCCGAAAGACCAAGAAAGGGACUCUACGCAGAGAACAUCCUCCAUGAUUCCGAUACACCUAAUUCACCAGGCGCGAUCACGCCGCCACGAGAACAGGAUGCGGCAGUCCGAGUGAAAAAGAAGAGAUCCCACCGGAGAGAACCGAAGGAUCUCGAAGCACUAGAGCUUCGUGGGCCUUUGAAACACGGGAAUCGUCGACCUCGACGGCCAUUCACCGAUCAAGAAGACUCUGACAUCAAGACGGGCUUGUUGAAGCAUGGGUCACAGUGGACCAAGAUCCGGAAUGACCCAGAACUGCAUCUCCAGUCGCGGGCGCCGACAGACCUCAGAGACCGAGUCCGCAACAUGAGCAAGACCGUCUUCAAGGACUUUGACGAGAAGACGUUUGAGCACAAGCCUUCGAUGACGAUCGGCGGUAGUACCCUGGAACCUACCAUUGCGUUACCGAUCAACACGUCGUUCCCGAAGAGGUAACACGGGCGGCGGUCACGUUGCCUCAGGGGCAGCCUUGUGGCCUGCAUUGUAAGAGUUUAGACUGCCUUAUGCAGUGUGUUUAGAUACCCAUGGAGCAAGAUCUCCCCCGGAUUUGAGGCGAAUGCAGAUCGGUGCAUGCGCUUCACCUGGAAUUGUACAAGUAAU